GUGCCUGAGCCUCUUCCAGAUGAUGAUGAAGAGUUUGAACUGCCUGAAUUUGUGCAGCCGUUCCUUCAGGAUACCCCACUGUACACAGACAACACUGCCAAUGGCAUUGCUUUAUUGUGGGCUCCACGGCCUUUCAACUUGAGAUCAGGGCGCACACGCAGGGCAAUUGAUGUGCCGCUAGUCAAGUCUUGGUAUAGAGAACACUGUCCUGCUGGGAUGCCAGUAAAAGUGAGGGUGUCAUAUCAGAAGCUGCUCAAGUAUUAUGUUCUCAACGCUCUCAAGCAUCGGCCACCAAAAGCUCAGAAGAAGAGAUACCUGUUCAGAUCUUUCAAAGCCACCAAGUUCUUCCAGACCACACAGCUGGACUGGCUGGAGGUGGGUCUACAGGUCUGCAGGCAGGGCUACAACAUGUUGAACCUACUGAUCCAUCGUAAGAACCUCAACUAUCUACAUUUGGAUUACAACUUUAACCUGAAGCCAGUCAAGACCCUCACCACAAAGGAGCGUAAGAAGUCUCGUUUCGGCAAUGCCUUCCACUUGUGCCGUGAGAUUCUGAGACUUUCCAAGCUGGUGAUUGACAGCCAUGUACAGUACAGAUUGGGAAAUGUGGAUGCCUACCAGCUUGCAGAUGGUUUACAGUACGUGUUUGCUCACGUGGGUCAGCUGACUGGCAUGUACAGGUACAAGUACAAGCUCAUGAGACAGAUCAGGAUGUGCAAGGACCUCAAGCACCUCAUCUACUACAGGUUUAACACUGGCCCUGUUGGGAAAGGUCCUGGGUGUGGAUUCUGGGCACCUGGGUGGAGAGUCUGGAUGUUCUUCAUGAGAGGGAUCACGCCGUUGCUGGAACGAUGGCUAGGUAACCUGCUGUCAAGACAGUUUGAGGGCAGGCACAGCAAAGGCGUGGCCAAAACUGUCACCAAGCAGAGGGUGGAGAGCCACUUUGAUCUGGAGUUGAGAGCUGCUGUAAUGCAUGAUAUUUUGGACAUGAUGCCGGAGGGAAUCAAGCAGAACAAAGCCAGAACCAUCCUUCAGCACUUGUCUGAAGCCUGGAGAUGUUGGAAAGCAAAUAUUCCCUGGAAGGUACCCGGCCUGCCAAUUCCGAUUGAGAACAUGAUCUUGCGUUACGUCAAAGCUAAAGCUGAUUGGUGGACAAAUACAGCACAUUACAACAGGGAAAGAAUCAGGCGUGGAGCCACUGUAGACAAAACUGUGUGCAAGAAGAACUUGGGACGUCUGACCAGACUGUAUCUGAAGGCAGAGCAGGAGAGGCAGCACAAUUACCUGAAGGAUGGUCCCUAUAUCACAGCUGAGGAAGCCGUGGCUAUCUACACCACCAUGGUCCACUGGCUGGAGAGCAGAAGAUUUUCACCCAUUCCUUUCCCUCCUUUGUCUUACAAGCAUGACACCAAGCUGCUCAUUCUGGCCCUUGAGAGGCUCAAGGAGGCCUACAGUGUGAAGAGUCGAUUGAACCAAUCUCAGAGAGAGGAGCUGGGUCUGAUUGAACAAGCUUUUGACAACCCUCAUGAAGCCCUGUCCAGGAUUAAACGUCAUUUGCUGACUCAAAGAGCCUUCAAAGAGGUUGGCAUUGAGUUCAUGGAUCUCUACAGUCAUUUGAUUCCUGUGUAUGAUGUUGAACCAUUGGAGAAGAUCACAGAUGCAUACUUGGACCAGUACCUGUGGUAUGAAGCUGACAAGCGUAGACUGUUCCCACCAUGGAUCAAACCCUCAGAUACCGAACCUCCUCCACUGCUCACUUACAAAUGGUGCCAAGGCAUCAACAACCUGCAGGAUGUGUGGGACACCAGUGAAGGAGAAUGUAACGUCAUGAUGGAGUCCAGUUUUGAGAAGAUGUACGAGAAGAUUGAUUUGACCCUUCUCAACAGACUGCUGCGUCUCAUUGUUGACCACAACAUUGCUGAUUACAUGACCGCCAAGAACAAUGUGGUCAUUAACUACAAGGACAUGAACCACACAAAUUCUUACGGAAUUAUCCGAGGCUUGCAGUUUGCUUCUUUCAUUGUCCAGUACUAUGGGCUUGUUUUGGAUCUCCUUGUCCUGGGUCUUCAUCGAGCCAGUGAGAUGGCAGGGCCACCCCAGUUGCCUAAUGAGUUCCUCACUUACCAGAAUGUGGUCACAGAACAGGCCCAUCCAAUCAGAUUGUACUCUCGCUAUAUCGACAAAAUCCACAUUUUCUUUAGGUUUACAGCAGAGGAGUCCCGUGACCUGAUCCAGAGAUACCUGACGGAGCACCCAGAUCCCAACAAUGAGAACAUUGUCGGCUACAACAACAAGAAGUGCUGGCCCAGAGAUUCUCGCAUGAGGCUGAUGAAACAUGAUGUCAACUUAGGGCGUGCUGUGUUCUGGGACAUCAAGAACAGAUUGCCUAGGUCAGUGACUACCAUCCAGUGGGAGUCCAGCUUUGUGUCUGUCUACAGUAAGGACAACCCCAACCUGCUGUUCAACAUCUGUGGCUUUGAGUGCCGCAUCCUGCCCAAGUGCAGGACUCAGCAUGAGGAGUUCACUCACAAAGAUGGAGUCUGGAACCUACAGAAUGAGGUGACUAAAGAGAGGACAGCACAGUGUUUCUUGAGAGUUGAUGAAGAUUCCAUGGGCAAGUUUCAUAACAGAGUCAGGCAGAUCUUGAUGGCUUCUGGUUCUACAACAUUCACCAAGAUUGUGAACAAAUGGAACACCGCACUGAUUGGACUGAUGACAUACUUCAGAGAAGCUGUAGUGAAUACACAAGAAUUACUGGACCUCUUGGUCAAAUGUGAGAACAAAAUCCAGACUCGAAUCAAGAUCGGUCUCAACUCCAAGAUGCCCAGCAGAUUUCCCCCGGUGGUGUUCUACACUCCGAAAGAGUUAGGGGGUCUGGGCAUGCUGUCCAUGGGCCAUGUGCUGAUUCCUCAGUCAGACUUGCGUUGGUCCAAGCAGACUGAUGUCGGCAUCACCCAUUUCUUGUCUGGGAUGUCUCAUGAUGAGGAUCAGCUGAUUCCUAACUUGUACAGGUACAUUAUGCCCUGGGAAAGUGAGUUUAUCGACUCUCAGCGAGUUUGGGCAGAGUAUGCCCUCAAGAGACAUGAAGCCAAUGCACAGAACCGCCGCUUGACCCUGGAAGAUUUGGAAGACAGCUGGGAUCGCGGUAUUCCUCGUAUCAACACACUGUUUCAGAAAGAUAAGCAGACUUUGGCCUAUGACAAGGGCUGGAGAGUCCGUACAGAUUUCAAACAGUACCAGGUGCUGAAACAGAACCCAUUCUGGUGGACUCACCAACGGCACGACGGGAAACUGUGGAACCUGAACAACUACAGAACAGACAUGAUCCAGGCACUAGGUGGUGUGGAGGGUAUUCUUGAGCACACACUGUUCAAGGGAACCUAUUUCCCAACAUGGGAGGGUUUGUUCUGGGAGAGAGCAAGUGGAUUUGAGGAGUCCAUGAAGUACAAGAAGUUGACCAAUGCUCAGAGGUCAGGUCUGAACCAGAUCCCCAACCGAAGGUUUACUCUCUGGUGGUCACCAACAAUCAACAGAGCCAAUGUGUACGUGGGUUUCCAGGUGCAACUGGACUUGACUGGUAUCUUUAUGCACGGCAAGAUCCCCACACUGAAGAUCUCACUGAUCCAGAUUUUCAGGGCCCAUUUGUGGCAGAAGAUUCAUGAGAGCAUUGUUAUGGAUUUGUGUCAGGUUUUCGAUCAAGAGUUGGAUGCUCUGGAGAUAGAAACUGUGCAGAAAGAGACUAUUCAUCCCCGCAAGUCCUACAAGAUGAACAGCUCCUGUGCAGACAUUCAGCUGUUUGCUGCCUAUAAGUGGAAUGUUGCCAAGCCAUCACUUUUGGCUGACAGCAAAGAUGUGAUGGACGGAGCCACCACACAGAAAUACUGGAUCGAUGUGCAGCUGAGAUGGGGCGAUUAUGACUCCCAUGAUGUUGAGAGAUACGCCAGGGCCAAGUUUCUGGACUACACCACCGACAACAUGAGUAUCUACCCAUCUCCCACCGGCCUUCUGAUUGCCGUGGAUCUGGCUUAUAACUUGCACAGUGCAUACGGCAACUGGUUCCCUGGAGCGAAACCUCUGAUCCAGCAAGCCAUGGCAAAGAUCAUGAAAGCCAACCCGGCCUUGUAUGUGUUGAGAGAGAGAAUACGUAAAGGUCUGCAGCUGUACUCAUCCGAGCCUACUGAACCAUACCUGAGCUCUCAGAACUAUGGAGAGCUCUUCUCAAACCAAAUCAUUUGGUUUGUGGACGACACUAAUGUGUACAGAGUCACUAUCCACAAGACGUUUGAAGGCAACUUGACCACAAAACCAAUCAACGGGGCUAUCUUUAUUUUCAACCCUCGAACUGGUCAGCUGUUCUUGAAGAUCAUCCACACCUCUGUGUGGGCGGGCCAGAAACGUCUGGGUCAACUGGCCAAGUGGAAGACUGCAGAAGAGGUGGCUGCUUUGAUCAGAUCUCUGCCAGUGGAAGAGCAGCCUAAACAGAUUAUUGUCACACGCAAGGGCAUGUUGGAUCCACUUGAGGUACAUCUUCUGGACUUCCCCAACAUUGUCAUCAAAGGAAGUGAACUGCAGCUACCAUUCCAAGCUUGUCUGAAGGUGGAGAAAUUUGGUGACCUAAUCCUCAAGGCCACAGAGCCACAGAUGGUUCUCUUCAACUUGUAUGAUGACUGGCUGAAAACAAUUUCAUCAUACACGGCUUUCUCUCGUUUGAUAUUGAUUCUACGAGCCCUGCACGUGAACAAUGACAAAACUAAGAUCUUACUGAAGCCUGACAAAACUACUGUCACAGAAGCACAUCAUAUCUGGCCAACACUGUCGGACGAGGAGUGGAUGAAGAUUGAAGUGCAGCUGAAGGAUCUCAUCCUGGCUGAUUACGGAAAGAAAAACAAUGUCAAUGUCAGCUCCUUAACCCAGUCUGAAACCAGGGACAUCAUUCUGGGCAUGGAGAUUUCCGCACCCAGCGCUCAAAGGCAGCAGAUUGCAGAAAUUGAGAAACAGACCAAGGAACAGUCUCAGAUGACAGCAACCACCACUCGGACAGUCAACAAGCAUGGAGACGAGAUCAUCACCACUACCACGUCCAACCAUGAGACGGCCACCUUCUCAUCCAAGACUGAGUGGCGUGUGAGAGCUAUAUCUGCUACCAACCUUCACCUGCGAACCAACCACAUCUACGUCAGCUCUGAUGACAUCAAGGAGACUGGUUACACUUACAUCCUGCCGAAGAAUGUUCUCAAGAAGUUUAUCAUUAUCUCUGAUCUUCGGGCACAGAUUGCAGGCUACCUGUAUGGAGUAAGUCCACCAGACAAUCCUCAGGUGAAGGAGAUCAGGUGUAUCGUCAUGCCACCACAGUGGGGCACUCAUCAGACAGUUCACCUUCCUAACCUGCUGCCUGGGCACGAGUACCUGAAUGAAAUGGAACCUUUGGGCUGGAUCCACACACAACCCAAUGAGUUGCCCCAGCUGGCUCCACAGGAUAUCACAACUCACGCUAAGGUUAUGGCUGACAAUCCUUCCUGGGAUGGAGAAAAAACUGUUGUCAUCACAUGCAGUUUUACCCCUGGGUCUUGCUCACUGACGGCCUACAAGCUGACACCAAGUGGUUACGAGUGGGGCAGGCAGAACAAAGAUACAGGCAACAACCCCAAGGGCUACCUUCCAUCUCAUUAUGAGAGGGUUCAGAUGCUGCUCUCAGACAGGUUCUUGGGAUUCUUCAUGGUGCCGGCACAGAACUCAUGGAACUACAAUUUCAUGGGUGUGCGUCAUGACCCCAACAUGAAGUACGAACUGCAGUUAUCAAACCCCAAGGAGUUCUACCAUGAGAUCCACCGUCCAUCUCACUUCCUGUUCUUCAGUCAGAUGGAAGAGCAUGAGCAGGCGGGCGCGGACAGGGAAGACCUGUAUUCUUAG